GCGCCCGCGUCGUCUGGUGUCAAAAUUCUAUGUUUCUGUUUACAAAACUUGCCGUCGUCGGUUGUCGUCGUAGAUUCUUUCCGAUUUAUUGUAACAUUUUCGCGCUUAAAAUGAGUAAAUUGCUGAAAGAGUGCUUUAUAAAACCCUUGACUGACCGACACCCACCGAUUCGGAUCGAUGCGGAACGUAAAAUUAUCGGACGUAGCCCGGAAACGCUGAUCCAGGAUCCUUGCUGUUCCCGUCAACAAGUUUGCCUGAAAGCCAACUUUAAGGGAGGAUUUGUGCUGGUCAAGAGUCUGGGCUCAAAUCCUUCGGUGUUGAAUGGCAAGCAGUUGGAGAAAAACAUGGGCUAUGAAGCUCACGACGGUGACAUCCUUGAGCUUCUACCCGGUCAGCAUCAGUAUACGUUCGUGUUUAAAUUCGACGAGAAAGCCGAUGGCAAGGAAAGUAAGAGUAAAGACAGGAAGGACGAUAAGAAACAGCAGAACGGCGAGGAUAAAGACAAGCUAGAUUCUCACAAACGAAGUUUGUCAAAAUCGGAUUCAAAAGACGAAUCUCAUCAGAAGAAGAAGAAAAAGCGGGACGAUCGACACGGAAGCUCCAGCAGCUCAAGCCGAUCGACUAGCAUCGAUCGGGAUGGGGGCAGGAAAACUCCCGUGCCGGCCGCAGACAGCAAAUGGGAAGACAUCGACUCGAAGCUGUUGUACAUUUUCACCAGCAAGGACGUGAUUUCUUCCGAGAAAAUUGCUGCGUACGACCUGGACGGAACCCUGAUCAAGACCAAAUCAGGAAAUGUGUUUCCAAAGACGAUCGACGAUUGGCAAAUUGCCUUUCCGGAAGUGCCGGGAAAGUUGAAAUCGCUCCACAAGAGCGGGUUCAAGAUUGUGCUUUUUACGAAUCAAGCUGGCAUUUCGAAGGGAAAGCUGAAGAUUGAAGACUUUCAGCAGAAGAUUCGAUCGAUUCAAGCUAAGCUCAAUGUGCCCUUCCAGGUGUUUGUAUCGACCGGGAAGGGCAAAUAUCGGAAACCAUUGACCGGGAUGUGGGAUGUCCUCACCCAGUUGAAAAACGAUGGCAUCAAGGUUGACAAAGCUCGUAGUUUCUACGUGGGUGAUGCAGCCGGUAGGCCGGAGCAGAAGAAACCCGUCAAGCGCAAGAAAGAUUUCUCCUGCGGUGAUCGACUGAUGGCCAUUAACGUCGGGAUUCCAUUUCUUAUUCCCGAAGUGCACUUCCAAAAUGCCAAAGAUCACGAAUGGACAAAGCCCGAAUUCGAACCAAAGCUGGCCCUGGAAUGUCGCGAAUUAUUGUCCCCAGCAGGAACCAAACUCGUAUCCUCUCAGCCGGAACUGGUCAUCAUGAUUGGAUUUCCCGGGUCGGGCAAGAGUCACUUCGUCAAAACUCACCUCGAACCGAAAGGAUACGUUUCGAUCAAUCGCGAUACACUGGGUUCGUGGCAGAAGUGCACAUCGUUGCUAGAGAGUACCUUGCGCAGUGGAAAGCGCGCCGUUGUGGACAAUACUAAUCCAGACGUGGAGAGCAGGAAGCGAUUCGUGGACAUUGCCAAGAAGAUGAAGGUGCCAUGCCGGUGCUUCAAGAUGAGUGCCAGCUACAAGCAAGCCAAGCAUAACAACGCCUUCCGGGAGCUGACGAACCGAAACCAUGCUUCGAUCAACGAUAUGGUUUUCAACAUGUACAAGUCAAAAUACCAAGAACCCUCAAAGGAUGAAGGUUUCGAAGAAAUCGUUCUAGUGAAUUUUCUACCCAAGUUUGAAUCAGCCGCAGACGAGAAAUUGUAUAAAAUGUACCUGUUGGAGAGUUAAGUGUUUAAUAUUUAAAUUUAAGUUUAUGUUUUCUGUUCUACCAUUGAGUAUACAUAUGACAACA